GGGCUUCGCUUUGCUCCCCGCCUCGCCCCGGAUUCCGCCAUGGCCUUGGAGAGGAGGCGAACUCGCUCCGGACCCGCCGCCCUCCUCUGUUGCAUCGGGGCGCUGAUCAGCCACGCUCAGUCCAAGCCUUCCCCGACGAGUUCAGAACCACCUGAGACCGCCCAACCAGCUGCAGCGGCCGUCCUUCCAGUGAGUUACCGCCUUUCCAACACCCGCCUGGCCUUCUUCCUGAGAGAGACGUGGCCGGCGCCAGGCGGGAAUGGCAGCGCCGGCCUGACCCGCUCGGAGCCCUUCGUCGUCUUCCAGACCAAGGAGCUGCCGGUCCUCAACAUCUCCCUGGGGCCUUUCGGCACCAGCCAGACCCUGGCCAAGGAACUCCUGCAGCCCUCCAGCACGCUGGAGAUCCCCGAACGCCUGACGGUCAACUGGAAAGUCCGGGCCUUCAUCGUCCGCACGCGGGUGCCGUCCAGCCAGCCCACGGCCCAGGUGUUCUUCUACGUAGCGGGUCGCGACUGGGACGACUUUGACGUCAGCGAGCGGCUGCCCUGCGUCCGGCUCCACGCCUUCCGGGAGGCCCGCGAGCUCCGGGCUUCCUGCCGCCUGCAAGGCAGCCUAGCCAGCUGCCUGGCACAAGCCGAGUUGCCUCAGGCCUGGUUUGGACCCUCUGCUGUCCCCCUGGGGCGCCGGAAAGCACUGGAGGGGAUCGAGCCGCCCGGAGACUUCCAGCUGGUGGAACUCUAUUACACGCUUCACGCCCCCGACGGGAUGGGGGACUGCGGGAACGAGCAGGCGGGGCGGCGGGGGGGCGGCGGGGCACGGACCGAGGGCCCGACGCAGCACCCGCUCCUCCGGAUCGGGAGCCUCCGGCUGGUCCAGCCACUGCCGACCCAGCCGUUGCAGGAGCAGCGUCUGGACGACAACGUCUUCAUCCGUCUCCCGGAGAGGCCCCUGAAGCCGGGCGAAGUGCUCAGCGUCAUCCUGUACCUGCUGAGCAACUCGACGGUGGAGCACUUCACCCUCAGGGUAAAAGCCAAGAAAGGGGUGAACUUGCUCACGACGCGAUCCAGGCAUACCCAGUGGCUCGUGAAUUCGGAAUUUCAGACCGGCAGCAAACACUCCACAUCAACCGUCGAUGUGGCAUGGAUCGGCGGGGCACUGCCCAGGGAUGACGACUCGCCCUACGAGAUCAUGCAGCUGGACUUCGAAAUGGAGAACUUCACCAGCCAGUCGGUGACCCGGCGCAUCAUGUGGCAUAUAGAUUACCGAGGCCGCAACCCACCACCUGACCUGGAGAAGGCCGUGACGGAGCUGGCAGUGAUUCAGAGGGACAUCCGUGCUAUUCUUCCCUUGGCCAUGGACACAGAGAUCAUCAACACGGCCAUCCUCACAGGACGGACGGUAGCCAUCCCCGUGAAGGUCAUGGCCAUCGAGAUGACGGGCGUUAUCUCGGACAUUACGAAUACGGCUGCAUGCAAGUCCAGCAACGAGGAUAUCAUCAAGGUGUCCAGUAGCUGUGACUACGUCUUCGUGAGUGGCAAGGAGUCGAGGGGGUCCAUGAACGCCGGCGUGUCCUUCAGCUAUGAUCACCUCACCGCCCUCCUGGAGAUGACCGUCUGGGUCCCCAAACUCCCGCUGCGCAUUGAGCUGGCUGACCCACGGCUCAGCCAAGUGAAGGGUUGGCGUGUGCCUAUCUUACCUGAUCGGAGGUCAAUCCGGGAAAGCGAGGAUGACGAAGAGGAGGAUGAGCGUAAGCAGAGCCGGGGUUGUACCCUCCAGUAUCAGCACUCCACCUUGCAGGUUUUCACCCAGUUCCACACCACCUCCUCAGAGGGCACCGACCAGGUGGUCACCAUGCUAGGCCCCGAGUGGAUGGUCGAGGUCACGGACCUCGUCAGCGACUUCAUGAAGGUCGACGACCCCCGGGUGGCACACAUGGUCAACAGCAACACACUAGCUGGUCGGGAGCCUGGCACCACCCUCUUCAAGGUAGCAUCCCCCCUCAUGGAGGCAGUGCUGGGGGAGACCCUGGUGACGGUGGCUGACGAGAAGGUCAGCAUCGCAGAACUGAAGGCCCAGAUCAUCUCGAACCUCUCCCUGACACUUCACCCUAGUCCUGGAAGUAGCCAUACCAUCAUGGCCAAGACCACCGCCCAGCAGACCCUCAACUUCUCCAAGCAGGAGGCGUUGCUGAGUCUUUGGCUGUCGUACAGCGAUGGCACCACGGCCCCCCUCUCCUUGUACGACCCAAAGGACUACACACUGGUGGUGACGAGCCAGGAUACAGCAGUGGUGUCGGUGAUACCAGAUCGGGCCUUCCCGUUGGUGAAGGCCGAAGGAGAAGGGUCCGGGGAGUUGGUCAAGGUGGAGUUGAUGAUCUGCGAGCCCUGCCAGAAAACCAAGCGCAAGAGUGUCCUGGCCACUGCUCUGGCUGGUGUCCGCGUGCACCUCAGCUCUGAGGAGGAACCCACCUAUGAUUACGAACCUGUCCAAACCCCGAGCCGACCCGGACGGGAGAAGGAUACGCCCGGCACCACGCCCCGAGUAGAAGUGGAGUGGGAUCUGGUGCCCAGCCAGGAGAGCCGGGUACCAAGCGCCAUCCUCCCGACCGAAGAUUUCCCCACCAUCCCCACCGGCUACGUGCAGGUCACCCGGGGACUGACAGACCUGGAGAUCGGCAUGUAUGCCCUCCUGGGCGUCUUCUGCUUAGCCAUCCUGGUUUUCCUCAUCAACUGCAUCGUCUUUGUCCUCAAAUACCGGCACAAACGCAUCCCGCCUGAAGGUCAGACCAACAUGGACCACUCUCACCACUGGGUCUUCUUGGGCAACGGGCAGCCCUUGCGAACCCAGCACGACCUCUCCCCGCAGCCCGAGAGCCCGGGCAACCCGCUGGAGAACGUGCAGACCUGCUGUCACGGCGACCACCACAGCAGUGGCUCCUCGCAGACCAGCGUGCAGAGCCAAGUGCACGGCCGGGGGGACGGCUCCUCGGGGGGGUCCACCCGGGACCAGAGCGAGGACCCUCUGAACUCUCCCACGUCCAAGCGCAAGCGGGUCAAGUUCACCACCUUCGCCACCAUGCCGUCGGAGGAGCUGGCCUAUAACUCGGUCCCUGUGGCGGACGAGGAGGACUUAGAGUGGGUCUGUCAAGACGUGGGACUCCAGGAUCCCGAAGAGCUGCACAACUACAUCCACAGGAUCAAGGAGAUCGCAUAACAGGGUGGACCCGAGACGUCACGGGCCGAGGAGAGGGCGUAGCCGGGCGGGGCGCCCCCUUGGGGAUUGGCUUGGCUAGCUUGCACCUCUCGCUGGAUUGCUGGGCUCCCUCGUCCGGCCCUGGUCUCCACGGGCAAGCCUGGCGACAGCAGGCCCGGCGACGUACAAAGGGAAACAUGACAUCCCAUGGGACGGGAUGGAUCCUUCUGUGCGGAGGGAGAGCUAUCUUUGGGAGGCAGCGUGCCGAGAAGCUGCAGGCCGCUCUGUAGAAGUG